CCAACAUUCCUGUUGUCAGCAGCAGCUGUUAGCACACACACUGACGGAGCUGACGGGACUUGGACCUCUGACAAAGAACAAAACAAAAUGGGGAGCUCCUGAAAACUAUCCUUUUCUAUUCCUCCAGAACUUUCCUCCUAUGACUGCGGGAGUUAAAGACUUGUUUCUGACCUGACAGGUGAUGUCUCCGCUCCAGCUGUCCGUCUACUGGCGUCUCUGCCUCAUCUUCACCUUCACCUCCUUCCUCUUCUUUCUCGACAUUUUCACGGCCGCCAUCGUCGCGGCAACUUGUCGCCAUGGUAACGGCACCGGCUUGCCCGGCCGGCAUGGAGCGUUACCGCCGAACGCUGAGACGAACCAAUCACAGCCCGCGGAGACUUUAGAGAGCGAAGGCGAUUGGUGGACGGAGAGCGGGAACCCGGACUCAGUGUGUGGUUGGACAGACUGGUUGUCCUAUGGUCAGACUCUCUUCAUGGUCGGCCUGCUGCUAGGAUCUCUGGUGGGAGGAGCCAUAUCUGACCGGUACGGGAAGCGUCCGGUGCUGCUGGUGUGUGUGUGCGUGCACGCUGUGUGUGGCAUCGUGCCUGCUGUCCUUCCUCAGCCCAUCCUCUUCCUCUUUAUCCGCUGCCUGACGGGCGUCUGCUGCUGCUGCAUCAACAUCUGCUCCUUCAGUCUGGCUGUGGAGUGGACGCCUCCUGCUGCUCGCCUCUGGCCCCCGGCCUUCCUGCCCUUCUGCUUCAGUCUGGGGACGAUGGCUGGAGCGCCGCUGGCCUGGCUCAGCCCCACCUGGAGGCAGCUGCACCUGUCCCUGGCUCUUCCACAGCUCAUCUGUCUGCCGCUCUACAUUGCGAUCCCAGAGUCGCCUCGCUGGUUGUUGUUAAAGAGGCGGAGGGAAGUUCUGGAGCGUUACCAGAGCAACAGCCCUGCAGAUAAACAAUGUCUGGACCUGCUGUUGGACUCCACCUGGUCUGACCUGCAGAAAGCCUCCGAGGCUCAGAAGGAGGACCCACCUGAAGGCCACGCCCUCAGUGACAUCAUCUACCUGAGACACCCGACUGUCCUGCUGCGUCUGUUCAUCAUGAGCUACCUCAGUGCGGUUACGGCUUUGACCUACUUCGGCAUCUGUAUGAACAUCGGCUCGUUCGGCGUCGGCGUCUACUCCGCCCAGUUCUUCUCGGGCCUGUCAGAAGCUCCAUGCCUGCUCGUCCCAUUGGUUAACCUGGGCCGUCGGCCAAUCAGCAUGCUCGCUCUGGUCCUGAGUGGAUCAGCGUGCUUCCUGUCGUUACUGCUGUCCAGAUACAACUAUGAGCCCGUGUUGGUGAUGAGUUUGGCUCUGCUGGGGAAACUUUGUAUCCUGGCUGCAAACUUCAUCUCUGUUCUGUACAGCAUCGAACUCUUCCCCACUGUGGUCAGACAGCGCUGUGUGUCCCUCGUCAACCUGUGCUUCCGGAUUGGUUGCCUCGUCAACUCACUGGUCCCGCCCACCCCAAACGGAGCGAUCUCAUUGGCUGCCAUGGUGGCGUACAGCAGUGGACCAAUCAUAGGAUGCUGGCUGUGCCUGCUUCUGCCAGAGACCAGCGGCGUCUCACUCCCUGACACCGUGGAGGACUGUGACAGGCAACCUAAGCCCCGCCUACCAAAUAUUGGCGCAGUCUGGAGGACACGGAAGCUGGUGAGCAGCCAAAGCAGGAAGACGGAGCGGCUCCCUGCAGAGGACGGCGCACACACAGACACACACACACACACAGACACACACACAGACACACACACAGGACUCUUAUGAACUCACUCACUUCUGUUUGAACUCUGAUGAACUUUUUUUUUUAAUUUGUAUUUAGUUCUGAUUUUUGACCAAAAAGCCUGACGGGCGCACAAUGACCUCCGUCUGUGAGGGGAGGAGGAGAAGAAGGAGUGGGCGGGGUUUGAGCUGUGACGUUAUAUGAUUGGCUGAUUGACUUGAUAUGUUUUAUUGUUUUGUUUUUAUCACUGUGAGAAUAAACUUUUCAUCACCAUCA